CCGGCUUGGAAGAUCAAGCCGAAGCCGCACCCUCCCUCCGCGCCCCGCCGUGGGGGAAGCCCACCCAGGCACUCUGCUCAACCUGCCUGCCGAAGGAGGCCUCCGCCUAGUGUCGGUGGAGCCGCCCCCUAUGCCGCCGAGCGUCGCAACUCUGCGCCUCAGGGACCGCCGCAGCUCCUCAGGCGAACGGCGGAAGGCGGGAAGCCCCCGUCCAAUCAGCGCCAGUGCUCUGGCUAUUGCUGAAAACACCUUCUAGUUCCACCUUGUAACUGGACUCCCAAAAGAUGAAUGCUGACAUCUUCUGAUGCUUAACAAGAAAUAAAAAUAGUCACCUUAAUCAUCAAAAAGUUCCGGUGGUGAGGAGACCUUUCCAAAUAUAAGAGGAAUAAAGAAGUCACCUCCCCAGCUGUCAUCAUCUUCCAGCAGAUUGAGCAAGAAUAUUUUGAGCACUACAGGAAAGACAGUCCAUCAAACCCUAGAUGAUGAUCAGCCACGUGACUUUUUCAAGAAAAGGAAUAGGGUGAAUGAAUCUCAUCAGAAAAGCAGUUUUAUUUUCUCACAGCAAUAUGAAUGCUGGCCCAUCUUGGAAUAAAGUGCAACAUUCAAAGAAUUCUUCAGGAAAAAGGCAGAGUAAAUCCCAAGUACCCCACGCUUCUUCCCAGCCAAGAAGCAGCCUCACAGCUGUCACCCAGCCUACUGAAGAAAAACUUAAAGAAAGCAUUUCCCCGGAAGCAAGACGCAAAAGGAAUCCACUUGGUUCCAGGUGUCGGGGGGCCUCAGGGAAUAAACUGUUUCUUGAUUUUCAGUCAAUGAAAAUUAUUAAAGAGGAUGCUGAUGAGGACAGUGCAAGUGAUCUCUCUGAUUCAGAAAGAAUUCCCAUUCCUCCUUCUCCCCUCACACCUCCAGAUCUCAAUCUUCGAGCUGAAGAAAUUGAUCCUGUUUACUUUGAUCUUCACCCUGGUGGGGGUCAUACAAAGCCUGAAUACUAUUAUCCGAAUUUCCUUCCAUCCCCUUUCAGCUCCUGGGACUUACGAGACAUGGCCCUGCUUCUGAACGCAGAGAACAAAACGGAAGCCGUGCCCCGAGUGGGAGGACUUCUUGGGAAGUAUAUCGAUAGACUUAUUCAGCUUGAGUGGCUGCAAGUCCAGACUGUACAGUGUGAAAAAGCAAAGGGGGGCAAAGCAAGGCCCCCCACUGCCCCUGGGACCUCAGGGGCACUGAAAAGCCCUGGGAGAAGUAAGCUAAUUGCUAGUGCUCUGUCCAAGCCACUACCUCACCAGGAAGGGGCUUCAAAGUCAGGCCCUUCCCGAAAGAAAGCUUUUCACCAUGAAGAAAUCCACCCAUCACAUUAUGCAUUUGAGACUUCCCCUAAACCCAUUGACGUGCUUGGUGGUACCAGGUUUUGUUCUCAGAGGCAAACCCUUGAAAUGAGGACAGAAGAAAAGAAAAAGAAAUCAACUAAGAGUACGAAGCUGCAGCGUUGGGAUCUGUCCUGCAGUGGAAGCAGCUCUAAGGUGGAAACCAACGGUAACAUUCGAACUCCCAAACAGGCAGCUGUGAUUCUGGACUCAUCAGAUUCCUGUAAGGCCUCCAAAACACAAGCACAUGCACAUCCUAGGAAAAAGGGAAAGGCAGAGAGCUGUGGUCAUGCCACUGUAUCGAGUGAGAAAAAACUGAAAACAAAUGGAAUAAAGCAAAACACAUAUAAACUAAAAUAAAUACCUAAAAUGAUGAAUUGCCAAGACCUGCAGGUACCUCAAUGUUAGAGCUCUUCCAAAAGUCAAAAUACUGUGAAUUUUAAGGAAUUUUACAAUUACUGACAUUUAAGUAGUUGAUUGGCAUUUUUGUCCACCUUUAUUUCUACCCUGAGUGGGGUUAUUUUCAAAGGGAGGUGUCUUUCAAUAAGCCUUCUUUGUGUCAGUCUUAGGCAAAUGAGAGCCCUUUAGAUAAAAAUUACCUAAAAUAUGUGCCAUAUAAAGGAAUAAAAUGGCACCUCUCCAGGGAAAGUGUCAGUGAAACCUCAGCUACAGUAGCCGGUCUGUGUAGAGCAGCUAGUGGUGUUACCUCCCCAUUUUCACAUGCACAUAAGUAUAUGAAAUAGUGCAGACUGUUUCAAAUGGUGUGGAAUCCUAAAUGUUUAAAAUAGGGCCCUUCUUGCCCACUCCCUCGCUUACUUUUUUAUAAACUCAAGCAAAAUUUCUGUUCAUUUUACCCUUAGGAGAAGCUUUAGUUCUUCCUCAAGUCAGGGAGUAGUGAGUUUGUAUUUUGAGUAGUCAUUUAUCACUAAGCUGGUUGCUCUUUAGAGAGACAGUGGAAUUUAGUACUUUAAUACAUUUUCUCUGACAUGGUUUUUUUUUUCUUUUUUGGGGGGCAUUUUAAACUUAGAGGUGGUGGUAAAACCUACUUCUGAGUUCUCCGAACUGAGGUUAAAAUAACUUGCAGAAUUUUCCAAAGUCAAUGGGCUUAGCAUGAUUACUGCUGUUUGGUGGGGCUGAGAAUGAAAUAUUUGACAUUCUGGAAUUGAUGGCAUGUAAAGCUUCUCCAGAGAGGCACCACAGGGAAAUCACUCUUUACAAUUUGUAAAGGAAGGGCCUGUAAAAGGAUCAAAACACAUGGACCUACAUUCAAUGUAAUAGUUACAAAGUUACUGAUUUGGGUUCCACACCCUGUGGUCCUUAGUCAAAAAUAAUGAUGUUUCAGUUUGCAAGAGCAGGAUUUUAUUAUUUUGCUUGGGGUGAGGGGCGGGAGAGUGGAAUAUGAAUAAGGUUGCUGAAUGAAUUCUAAACUCCCUUAUCUGGUCUUCAGGCUUCCCGACUCUCUCCAAACCUUCUUGUUUAACUGCAGUUGAAUAACAUCUUCUUGUUCCUAUAGUUGUGCUGUGAGCUUUCUGUUUAUAUUUGCGCAGUGUAUUUUAAUACUGCCCAUGUCAUUAUAGUUGAUUUUAUCCCUUUAAACAAUUACUGUAUUUGUUUUUGACAUAGAGUUUUCAAUUUUUUCACCUUUGGGGCAAAUGAAAAACUUAGCAUUUUUCAUUUGGGAAUAUAUAAUAGCUUGUAAACUUUUCAGACAGCAGUAAAUGUCUGAAAAAAUAUCAAAAACGCAUAAAGACAAGAUUUUGUAGCUAUAAUUAUAUGUAUAUAAUUAUAAAAACCAAUGUGCAAAGGUUGCAUUUUAAGGUCUUUUAAAAUCUGAUUUUAAUCAUACCAAAUGGCAUAAUAUUUUUUAUGGUAGCCUUUUUCUUUCAAGACUUAAUUUUCAGACUUGUACAAGUUCCUUCUUACAUUCUUUCCCUCUCACACCAUCCUACUGGAGAAAGCAUACUUUUACGCUAAGAUCUUACUUUGAGCUUUUUACAUGAAAAAAAGAUGUACAUAUAGUAAGUAUUACUUCCGUAGUCCUCAAAUAUACUAUAACUUUUGUACUUAGUAUAUGUUUUAUAUUUGGAAAACAGCACUACGCUUAGUUUUCCUGUAGUUCUGAGUGAUGUCUGUGUGUUCCUUGCCUGCCCUAUUUUGUAAGCACAGAUUAGUCUGUUAUCCAUGGCUGGCACUUCACUUAUGAUCCUUUCUCUGCUAGAUUUUUAUGCAGAUCUCUAUGAAGUUUCAUGGCCCAUAGAUACUCAAAAGCAUGAUAUUCUAUACGUAUGUGUAUAUGUAUAUAUACUCCUUAUGUUAAUACUAAGGGGUUUAUGCUGAGUUGCUGCCUUUCCCUGUAAUGUAUCCACGUGCAUGCUCUUAGAGACCUUGAAUGGUUGAGGGUACAGUGAUUUAUUAGUAAUUCCACUUGCCUUGCCUAUGUCUGAGCUGAAGACAAUCAUGAUUAAGAAAUUUAGAGGUGGCCGGGCGUGGUGGCUCACGCCUGUAAUCCCAGCACUUUGGGAGGCCGAGGCAGGCGGAUCACCUGAGGUCGGGAGUUCGAGACCAGCCUGACCAACACGGAGAAACCCUGUCUCUACUAAAAAUACAAAAUUAGCCGGGUGUGGUGGCGCAUGCCUGUAAUCCCAGCUACUUGGGAGUUUGAGGCAGGAGAAUCGCUUGAACCCGGGAGGCGGAGGUUGUGGUGAGCCAAGAUCGCGCCAUUGCACUCCAGCCUGGGCAACAAGAGCGAAACUCCGUUUCAAAAAAAAAAAAAAAAGAAAGAAAAAGAAAGAAAUUGAGAAGUAAUGCCUCAUAAUAUUUGUUCCCAGCUUUUUAAAUUGAAGCUGGUUGCAUAAUCUGGGGAAUAGUCAUAAUUUCAUGUGUUAUACAGUUUAAAAAGCCUGCAAAAGUGACUUUGCUUGUUUACUUUCUGCCUCAGAUUGACUAUUUUAACCAAUAUUAUCACGACUAGAUCAUAGCUCCUAGUGAAUAACAUGAAGUGUUUUAAAGUUAGGUCUAUUACAGAAUUAACAUAAGCACAAUUUUAAUUUUAUGAUAUCUGAUACGCCUGUCUAAUACAUCUUAAUGCACUAAAUGCUGCAGAUAAGAAUCUUGCUAUUUUUCAAGUAGACAGCACUGGAAAGUUGAAUCAUGAACUCAUUCAGUUCAUCAAGUCAAAAGCACUGAGUGUUUUGUUAGUCUAGUGACAUGGGUCAUUGUAUUUCCAAGAAGUGCCUCUCAUUUUUGGGGAGUUGUUUACAUAUACCCUGCAUUUAAACUAAUUAAAACAAUCCAAGUUUCUUUAAAAAAAAAAAAAAGAAAAGAAAAAACAUAUUUUAGGCUUAGAAUUAUCUAAUGGAAAAAAUGUAAAAAAGUACAAAAAUGAACUAAAAGUAUAUCAGUAUUUGCAGUAUUUGCUGUGAUUACUUAGGUUUAGACUUUCUCAACUUCUUAGAUGACUAAAUGGGCUGAAGACUUGUAACUAACUUGAAUAGGGUAGACUUCAUACCCUGUGACAAAAAGGAUGGGGAAGAGAAUAUCAUUGGUCUUGCCAUAUACCUACUAGCUAAAAGGAAAAUGGUUUGUAGUUGUUCUUGGGCCUACUGUGUUGCUUUUCAGAAGGACAUAAGACUUUCUACUUUAUCUGAUAUGGAUAUUGUCUACUUCCUCAUUCCUUUAUGCUCACUUAUGGAGUAGUUACAUAGAAAUAUAACUCUUGGUGGUACUGUAUUUUAAGGUAAUUCAGAAGCAGUAUUUAUUAUUUAUGUACAUGUACAGGACACCAUUCAAAAUGGCUUGAAAAUAUUCAGCAUGUUUGUUAUUUGCUGUUAUAUUGUAUGUUUAGUUUUGUAUGUGAUAAACAGAAUUGGUGUAAGUUUUUGUGGACUUGAAUUUCUCCUUCCUUGAGAUCAAUUAAAUAGCAGAAAAAUA